AUGAGAGAGAGUAAACAGAAGCUUGAGGAGUUAUUACAGAAGUGGUCUGCAUGGCAUAAUCGACAUCAAUCUUCAUCUCAUGAUUCGAAUGGUGAGGUGGAAUCUAGUGAAUGGAUGUAUUUUCCAGUUCUUAAUGUUGGUCUAGAUAAACCUUCUACACUGUCGUUUUGGAUGGAUGGGCAAACUAGUAAUUUACUGUUGCUAUUAUGA